AUGUCUGCUGACAGCGUUUCCAAUCACGAAGACAUGGACCCCGUGUCUAACUCUGGCGAGUUUGCGGAGGAAGAGGUCACCAGCGAACCCCUGGCUUCGAACACCAAGGAGGUGCACUUCAGCGACACUGCGAAGGACGCUGCCAAGGAAACGGUUGAGCGUCCUUUCCUUCCCGAGCAAACUGACCCCGAACAUAUCGACUUCGAGAAACACGACGCCCUGAACCCCGAGGUUAUCGCUCGCCAAGCAACAAUCAAUAUUGGUACUAUCGGCCACGUCGCUCACGGAAAGUCUACCGUCGUCAAGGCCAUCUCCGGUGUCCAGACCGUUCGCUUCAAGAACGAGCUGAUCCGUAAUAUCACCAUCAAGCUUGGUUACGCCAACGCCAAGAUCUACAAGUGCGACAGCCCCGAGUGCCCUCGGCCGGGAUGCUACAAGAGUUACAAGAGUGAGAAGGAGGUUGACCCCCCCUGCGAGCGCGACGGCUGCAGCGGUACCUACAGAUUAAUUCGUCACGUCUCCUUCGUCGACUGCCCCGGUCACGACAUUCUCAUGAGCACCAUGUUGUCUGGUGCUGCUGUCAUGGACGCGGCCCUUCUUCUUAUUGCUGGCAACGAAUCUUGCCCCCAGCCUCAAACUUCUGAGCAUUUGGCAGCAAUUGAGAUCAUGAAGCUCGACAAUCUUAUCAUUUUGCAGAACAAGGUCGAUCUCAUGCGCCAAGACGCUGCAGGGAAACACAAGGACACCAUCACCAAGUUCGUCAGAGGCACCGUUGCAGCAAACUCUCCCAUUAUCCCUGUCUCUGCUCAGCUGAAGAUCAACAUCGAUGCUGUCCUUGACAGCAUCGUCAACACCAUUCCUGUCCCUACUCGUAACCUCACCAAGGACCCCCUUAUGAUCGUCAUUCGGUCUUUCGACGUUAACAAGCCGGGUGCCGAGAUCGAAGACAUCAAGGGCGGUGUUGCUGGUGGUUCCAUUCUGCACGGUGUUCUGAAGCUCGGCGACGAGAUCGAGAUCCGUCCCGGUAUCGUCGAGAGAGACGACAAAGGUAACCUCAAGUGCACGCCCAUCUUCAGCAAAAUCGUCUCCCUCAACUCCGAGGGAAACGAGCUCAAGUACGCCGUUCCUGGUGGACUCAUCGGUGUCGGUACCAAAAUCGACCCUACUCUCUGCAGAGCCGACCGUCUUGUCGGUCACGUCCUGGGUCUCAAGGGCCGCCUGCCCGAUAUCUACAAGGAGAUCGAGGUCAACUUCUUCCUUCUGCAUCGUCUCCUGGGUGUCAAAACCGCCGACGGCAAGCAGGCCAAAGUCGCCAAGCUCACCAAGAACGAAGUUCUCAUGGUCAACAUCGGUUCUACGUCCAGUGGUGCCAGUGUCUUUGCCAUCAAGAACGAUGCUGCCAAACUCAGACUCAAUACUCCCGCUUGCACGAACAUUGGCGAGAAAAUUGCUCUGUCCCGGCGUAUCGAGAAGCAUUGGCGUCUGAUCGGUUGGGCCACCAUCGUUGCUGGUGUCACCAUCGAGCCCAGUGUUCGCAUCGAGCCAAGCUCUUCCAAAACCAUUUAA